CGGCGGCCGCGGAGCGAGAGGGGCGCGGGGGACGGUCCGCGCGGCCCGGAGCCAUGGGCAAGUGCAGCGGGCGCUGCACGCUCGUCGCCUUCUGCUGCCUGCAGCUGGUGGCUGCGCUGCAGCGGCAGAUCUUUGACUUCCUGGGCUACCAGUGGGCUCCCAUCCUGGCCAACUUCCUGCACAUCAUGGCCGUCAUCCUGGGCAUCUUCGGCACCGUGCAGUACCGCUCCCGGUACCUCAUCCUGUAUGCGGCCUGGCUGGUGCUCUGGGUCGGCUGGAAUGCGUUCAUCAUCUGCUUCUACCUGGAAGUUGGACAGCUGUCGCAGGACCGGGACUUCAUCAUGACCUUCAACACAUCCCUGCACCGCUCCUGGUGGAUGGAGAACGGGCCAGGCUGCCUGGUGACCCCUGUCCUGAACUCCCGCCUGGCCCUGGAGGACCACCACGUCAUCUCUGUCACUGGCUGCCUGCUUGACUAUCCCUACAUCGAAGCGCUCAGCAGCGCACUGCAGAUCUUCCUGGCGCUGUUUGGCUUCGUGUUCGCCUGCUACGUGAGCAAAGUGUUCCUGGAGGAGGAGGACAGCUUUGACUUCAUCGGUGGCUUUGACUCCUAUGGAUACCAGGCCCCGCAGAAGACGUCGCAUUUACAACUGCAGCCUCUGUACACGUCUGGGUAGCUUCCGCCCCGCGCCCACCAGGACGCCGCGCCCUUAGCUGCUGGACUGACCACGGCUGCCGCGAGCACCGGCCAACAUGGGCAGGCGCGCCCCCUGGCGGCUCGCGCACCGCCUGCAGCCUGCGCGGCCCCGCCUGGAUCUGCAGCCAGAGGAGUGGACUUGGACUUGGCCCUUCAGCCCGGACUUACCGGGUGGGGCCGGGAGGGGCGGGGCGGGGGAGGGGGAUCGCCGGGUUUGUAUUUUUUUUAUCUUAGCCUUGGAGUGCGCCGGGGCCUUCCUCCCUUCUUGAACCUUUCCCUUUCACCCUUCACCCAGCAUCUUGCCCCUUGUCCAGAGAGAAACAGCAGGACAGACAGGCUCACCCCACCUUACCACACAUUCACCAGCCCUGGGGAAAACUAGGGGGAACUAGGAGCAGGAGUCCUCCUUUCCAGUCGUAGCUCCAUCACUGACACCCUGUGUGACAUCUAGCAAAGCUCUUGCCCUCUCUGGGUCUUGGUUUCUUCAUCUCCAGUGAUUAAAACGAUCCUUAGCAGAUGGACUCUUCUAAUUUUCUCAUUUGACUCAAUCCCCUGGGUUAGGUUGGGAUUAUAAAUUCCAUUUUGUAGGCAUGCAAAUUAAGGCCCAGAGAUGUGAAGUGGUUUGCUUGAGGCCACACAGCUAGGUUUUUGGUGGAGCCAGGCCUUGAACAUAGUGGACUUACUAUAGUUUCUGAUUCCAAAACCCAGUGUCUGGUCUCUGGAUUCUGUUUCCAAGCCUCCUCCCAGCUUGGAUACUCCACCUCCACACAGCACCUCUCUUAAAGCAAUAUGCCCAUUUGUUCUAUUGUUGGGAACCUGAUGGACAUGGCCACAAGCCCUGAAUUCAACCUGACUUAUAGGGAAGGCUUUCUAGACUCACAAUCUACAGGCCCUUGGCAAACCUUCAAAGCUCUCUCCUCCAGGAAAGUGGGGUGCAACUCACCCCCCUCCCUCCAGGUCCCUCAGGCCAGGUCUGCACCCAGGAACCCAUCCCUCACAGCAAUCCCACCAACCCCUGAUGGCUCCAUUCACCUCACCACCUAGAAGACCCGUGGUUCCAGCUGGGAGGAGGAUUGGUGGCGCUGCCCAGCCACUAGUGUUUACAGACUACCAGCGUUUGUGACCACCACAACAUCCAGAAACUACCCCUAAAAAGCCCAGAAGGCCCUCUGAAGGGACAGAAUGGGGCGUGAAUCAUCGGGGUGGGGCAUGAGGAGGACCUGCACCCAUCUUUCUGAGACAAGUAGAGGCAGAGCUUUUCUUUCCAACCUCCCUCACAGAUACCCCUGAGGCCCCCACAUUCUAUGCGCUGGCUGGUGAGUCCACAGAAGAGGAUCAGCCUCUUAGUCUGUGAAAUGGCAGCCUGGGUGGGAAGAAGGAUGGGAGGGAGACCUAGGGUGACCGGAGGGAAGCCCAAACAGGGGAGGCGGUUGCACACACAUGAGACUGUCUACAGUGCCCACCUCCCUCUGUGAUCCCACUAGGAGGGUGACCCUGCCCACUAGCCCUUAUGCAGUGCUGUGCCAAGCACCAGCCCCAGGAGUAACUGGCCACCAUAGACACCGAGGUCCCAGGAGGUCAGCCUAGUCAGCUGGUGGGUACAGCUCCAGAGAGGGACAGUCCCCUUCAGGCUGGGCUGUCCCCCUGCCAGUGGGUCACUCCUGCUUGCGGCCCUCACUUCUCCUACACCCCCACCCCCAGGCCUCUUUCUACUUGGAGGGGUCUAGCCACUGGUGCUUUGAAGCCUUUUGUUUUUAUAAGCUGGUUUUUGCAAGGGGACCAGUUUCUCUUCUCAUUGGGACCUUGCAAGGCUAGGAGUGCUCUCCUGGUUUCUGUGCAGGUGGGUUGAUUAAAGAUGGUGUUUUCUUCUCUGUUUUCCUGUCCUGCCCUCUGGGUCAGAAAGACCUCUUAAGAGAAAUGUCCCCAUGGGGGAGAGCCAGCAAGGCAGGGAGGCCAUGUCAUCAUUAGUAUACAUUCUGGAUACUGACCUGUGCCUCCCAAGAUGCUCUCCCUCUUUCCAAAGGAGAAAGGAAAAAAACCCACCAAGGUCACACUAAAUCAGUGGGUUCCCAAACCUGGCUUCACCAUCCCUUGGAAAGCUUUCUAUUUAUUUUUGUGAUUAAGUGGGCGCUAAGUUGAUGCUUCCAAAUCCUCUUUGUGUCUCGGCUCUGCCUCUCCCUACAAUCCAGUUCCUGGCUUGGACCAAGCUGGCAGACAGAGCUUUCCACUUGAAUUCCUGCAUCCUACCCUCCCUGUCCUGGAUCCUUUUCUGGUGAUACAGCCCAGAAAUUAAAACUUAAUUUUUUAAUGACA